AUGUCUGGCGCAUCUGGCAAAUGGCGCGAGGACCAGGUCCUUGUCAUCUGCCCUGGCAGCAAGACCACAAUGGCUCAGAUGGGCUGCGCUGAACUGACCCCUCCAGCGCACCGCAUCCCUACGCGCAUGUUCAAGGACGAUGAAGGCGAAGGUUAUAGGCCGUAUCAUAUCGAGAAGCGCAAAAAGACGCCAGCGCAGCCUGCCAAUGGUGCGGCGCCUCAGUCAGAAGAGGACGAAUGGGAGUACAUCGAGGACCCCGAUGCGACAGAGGGCGCCAUAUAUCCCAUCAAAGGCGGUCGCAUCGUCAACAUGCAUGCCUUCCUGGCCUUUCUGGACCACGUCCACAGUCUGCUCACGACGACUUAUCAUAACACACCGAUAAUGCUGAUGGCAUCCCCACAGUGGACACGGCCAGACUGCGAAGCUAUCACACGCUACAUCUUUGAAAAGACAAAAACCCCUGCACUCUGCCUGAUCCACAGUGCUGUUGCGACCCAGUACGGCCUCAAGUGGCCGAGCAUGACCGUGGUCGACGUGGGCUUUGAGAAGGUGGAUGUCACCUGCUUAUACGACAGCAGGGUUGUCAGCCAUCAGGAGGUUGGCAACCCGGUCGACGAGAACUUUGGGGAGGCCAUCUCGGGCGGAGAGGUCUUUACACGAAAGCUUCAGAGCUUGCUCAAGGAUAAAGAAUUCACAUAUGAAAUGGCAGAGCAAUUGAAGAAGAGUCCUGUUUGCGAAGUCCUUCCUUACGCGGCCGAGAACCCGCUGCUCAUGGAGCUGCCGAAAGAGAACGCAUCGGCUGGACCCGUACCGGCUCCAACUGCCGUGCUUCAGGCGGCCCAGGAAGCACCAGCUACCGUGGAGCCCACGCGACCGCCGAUCACCACUGCUGAUGCCGAGGAAGAUGAUGAGGCUGGCGACGACAAGGCUGCCAAUAACGACGAUGGAGUUUUGGACGUUGCUAGCAUUGUUACUAGCGGUCAAACGAAGGAAUUCCUGGCCAAGAAGGAGAAAGAGAAGGCGGAGAAGCAAAAAGGGAAGAAGGGGGCCAAGGGUCAAGAAGGCGAUGCAACUGCCACGAAGACCGCAAGGCUACCCAAUUCAAAGAGGAUGAAGGCUACAUUUCACUACGAGGAGGUGGUGCGAGAGGAAGCUCCAUUACCCGCAGAUGCCGAGCCGAAGCCUGUCGAGACGACCAACCCCCCUGCAAGUGGUCAAGAAGCCACAGCGGAGGCCAAUGGUGCUCCCGCAGGGGAAAGCAGCGAAGCAAAGCCCGAUUCAGAUAGCAGUGCAGCACCGACCGCUUCCAACGGUGAAACCAAAGAGCCCGAAGCAAAGCCAGCAGACACACCACUAUCCUUCUUCCCGUCUGCUGAAGCACCAGCGGCCGCGGUGCCCUCUGGCACAGAGCGCGCGGUGAAGCGGAUAAGGCGAGACAUUGAGGUAGGGUUGGAGAGGUUCAACUUUGCGGACCGUGCCGAGAUCGACCGCAUCGUGACUGCAAUUUACAAAGCAGUACAGGGGAUUGAGGACAUGUAUAUGCGCCCGGCUUGCUGGGAGCACCUGGUUUUCGUUGGCAACGGUGCUCGCGUGCGCGGCCUCAAGGAGAACAUAUUGCAGACGCUGAACUCUAGAUAUUUGGUGUCCCCCAGCACUGCGACCAUGUUCACUUCGGAGCUGCCGUCGAACCUGGCCACUCCCACAGGGACCGGAUCGCAGACACCCACAGGGAGCUUUACGGGACCGCCUCACCAGCUUCCUGCCCCUACGAGCGGCGUUAAUCCGCUGCUGCGUGAUGCGGUGACCGCGGCAUCUAUGGGACACGCCGGGACACCAGGAGGUCCUAUGGGACCGAACGCGCCUGGGAGCACUGCCGGCGAUGGCGGCGCGGUAUCGUCUCAUUUUCACAGCCAGACACCGACAAGUAUCAAGCUUGCUGCUUUACCCACUUAUCUCGGCGAGUGGACCAAGAACGGUUACGAGGAGGCUAUGUUCUUGGGAGCGCAGGUUGCGGCGAGGCUGGCUUUCUGUAUGCACAAUUUGAGUGCUGCCGAGGCAGAGAGCCAAAGGUUAAUGAGCCUGAACAGGAUUGAGUUCAACUCCGGCUCGACAUUCGAGUCGCAGAUCGGCUACUCGCGCGCCGUCGUCAGCGGCGACUGGAUCAUGGUGUCAGGCUGCACGGGCUACGACUACAGCACCGGCGAGAUCGCAGCGGGCGACGUGACCGCGCAGGCGGAGCAGGCCUUUUGCAACAUCGCGUCCGCCCUGCGCGAGGCCGGCGCCGACAUGCGGGACGUCGUGCGCGUGCGCUACAUCCUGCCCGACCGCGCCGACUUCCCCAAGAUCUGGGACGUCACGAGGCGCUGGCUCGGUGACGUCCGGCCCGCCGCCACCAUGGUCCAGGCCGGCCUCAUGGAGGAGGCCAUGCUGGUCGAGAUCGAAGUCACUGCUAGGCGCGGCGGGGCCGGUGGUGGGCCUUUGCUGGCGUGA